GCGGCUGCUGUUUGGAUAAAAUGCGCUGGGAGCGUUCGAGGCUCCGCGGCCACUCACAUCUGGCCCGGGUUUGCUCUUUACGCGUCUGUCCCGCUUUCUUCGGUUCUUCCUCUACUUUCGAGAAACCGCGUUUCCGCUUCUGGCCAAAGAGACCUUGUAGCCGAGGAGAUCCAGGUGCCGGGGAGCGGCCGGCUGUCCUGCACCCCGACAACUUUCUGCGCCCUCUUCCCGGAGGACUUUUUCCUCCCUGCCUGCUCUCUCCUUCGACAAGUCUGGUCUUCCCCCGACCUGGCUGGGAGGGGGCUCCGCCGCUGGGAGAUGCUCUAAGAGAGGCCGCGGGGAGGACGCGGGCGCCCUGCUCGCUCCCGGACGCUGGUGGCUGGAGCAGGGCUCAGCGGGAAGAUGGGCCGCCGUGGGCUGGGACUCGCGCUGGCGUGCUGCCUGCUGCUGGCCUUCGCCUGUGGCCCGGUGCUGGGCCACGUGCCCCGUGGGCGGCAGGAACAGCAAGAGCAGGAGGGGACCAGGGAGCCACCGCUGGACCACGCUGAGAGGGAUGAAGAAAAGCAUGAAAAGUACAGCUCCAGGCAGGAAGAGGAGCCCCCCGCAUCCCGGUGCUUUCGCUGCUGUGACCCUGGUACUCCCAUGUACCAGGCCCUCCCAGUGCCACAGAUCAACAUCACCAUCCUGAAAGGUGAGAAGGGCGACCGAGGAGAUCGGGGCGUGCAAGGCAAAUAUGGCAAAACAGGCUCCGUGGGCGCCAGGGGCCACGCGGGACCCAAAGGGCAGAAAGGGUCCAUGGGGGCCCCCGGGGACCGGUGCAAGAACCACUACGCUGCCUUUUCGGUGGGCCGGAAGAAGCCCCUGCACAGCAACGACUACUACCAGACAGUGAUUUUCGACACGGAGUUCGUGAACCUCUACGGCCACUUCAACAUGUUCACGGGAAAAUUCUACUGCUAUGUGCCCGGCAUCUACUUCUUCAGCCUCAACGUGCACACCUGGAACCAGAAGGAGACGUACCUGCACAUCAUGAAGAACGGGGAGGAGGCGGUGAUCCUGUACGCCCAGGUGAGCGACCGCAGCAUCAUGCAGAGCCAGAGCCUGAUGCUGGAGCUGCAAGACCAAGACGAGGUGUGGGUGCGCCUCUUCAAGGGUGAGCGCGAGAACGCCAUCUUCAGCGAUGAGUUUGACACCUACAUCACCUUCAGUGGCUACCUGGUCAAGCCCGCCACUGAGCCCUAACUGCCCGCAGGCCUCCUGCUCCAUCUCCACAGGCUAACCUCCCGUUGUCUCCGCGCCCCGCCCUGCUCCGCCAGACCCCCUCCCCGACCCGGGUUUCCCCGGCCCACGCCUCCCCAGCUCUGGCAUUCGACGUGACGCCCCUCGUGGGAGUGGGAAGCAACAUCGGCUGUGUGGUCCCGGGCCUUGCCGUGGCCGCACGUGAAAUCACCAGGCGGGUGCCCGUGAGAGCUCCCCUCUGUGUGCACGCCCUUGAGUGACCCCUGCACGCGUGCCACGACGCGCCAGGGUGUCCCAGAGUAAGCCACCCUUGCUCCCAUUGCUGGGAAUAAUUAAGCCAAUUCUAAAGGUUGUGAAAGGAGCAAAGUAAACCAUGGAAAAGAAAGGGAGGCAUUAUUAUUUUUGCCUUUCUGCCAGCCUCGCUGGCUCCAGGCAGGAGGGCUGUCUCCCCUCGAGGCUGCCGGAGACUUCCUGUAAGAGAAGAUCUAAAGUGGAUGCCAAGGGUGACAGGGGAAGCGGGUGGGGGGGCGUGGGGACCGGAAAACCAUGUCUGGCUUAAGAUUUUAGGCCACGUAGGAACCUUGCUGGCGGACAGCUGGACUGAGGUCCACACCCGUGGACAUUCCUGUGGCCUUGCCCGAUGGCUCAGCUGGUCUUUCUGAGCCACAACGAAGAGGGGGUUCGAACUGGGCGGCAAGGGUCAGCUCCUCAGAGGGACAGCCAAGCCCUCGGCCGUGGUCUCUGCGUUGGUGAGCAGCCUGCUUGCUGGAACCCGCAGGCUACCGGCAGCCAAGGUCAGCACAACACAGCAGAGCCGUGCAUCCUGGUAUGGCUGUGCCCACUGCCCCACCCCACCCUUGCGUCCUGGAUGGGGCCCCCACGCCUCUCACACGGGCAUUGGCUUUCUGUCCCUCCUCUCCAACGGGUCAGCUAUGGAAGGAAGCAG